GCACAGGUAAUUAUGUUGCCUAAACCCGGAAAAGAACCACAUCUACCAACGUCCUACAGCCCAAUCUUGCUACUUCCCGUAAUGUCCACGUUACUGGAAAAAAUAAUUUUAACCAGGCUCAAAAAGAUAAUCACGGAUAAAAAUUUAAUACCGCUACAUCAAUUUCGUUUUAGAAAAAAACAUGCUACAAUAGAACAAGUGCAUAGAUUGACAAAUCAAAUUACUCUUACCUUUAAAGAAAAAAAUAUUGUAUUGCUCUCUUUCUGGGCAUAGAGAAAGCAUUUGAUAAAGUGUGGCACGAGGGACUUUUAUAUAAAAUCAAACAAAACUUUCCCAUAUCAUUUUAUGAGCUCAUCAAAUCAUAUCUAGAAAACAGAACAUUUUUUGUUAAAAUUCAGGAUUCUACUUCGGUUAUCUGCACUAUUGAAGCAGGAGUCCCCCAGGGCAGUAUCUUGGGGCCUAUUCUGUAUACAUUAUACACUGCCGAUAUUCCUACUACACAAGAAACCACGCUAUUUACAUUUGCCGAUGAUACAGCUAUUUUAACCAUACACCAAGACCCCAAGACAGCAGCUUCCAUUUUACAACAACACCUCCUAAAACUCGAUGAGUGGUUAAGUAGAUGGAAAAUAAAAGUAAAUGCUGAUAAAUGCAAACACAUUACAUUUACCUCAAACCAAAGUAGUUAAAUAUUUAGGAAUGUAUCUAGAUUCGCGACUUACAUGGAAACCCCAACGGGUUCACCCCAACGAACUUGCAAGAGAUCUGUACAAUACAAGUAUACCCAGAAGAUUACACAAAAAAUAUCCGAAGGACCUUUUAUCCUAACAUGUCCUAUCAUGUUACAUCAGGUGAAUUCUAAUGAGAAGUCAUCUACGUGAUAAUAUUUUUGUUCAUAUAUGCUAACACAGGUUACCAAAUGUUCUUAUUGAACAAAUUCUAAUCACACUUGGAGCUAAAAAAAAAAACAAUCAUUAGGAUUCAUCGUGAAGCAAUAAUGUCGGACACAUUGGAUAUUGACGGUACACCUGUCUUUGACAAUCGCAUAACCAGCAUACAGACACACACCUAUAAUCCAUAUGCAAAUACUAGACUCGAAAACAGUGAUGAGAUAAGGAUACCGAUACAGCAGCAGGAUCUGUACACGCUACCGUGUGAGAGUCACUUAUACAUCGAGGGAAAACUGAGUCUACUAGAGAAAAAACCGGAGGGAGUGAAGGAAGAUGUUGUUCUUGAUAACAACUGUGCUGCCUCUCUGUUUGAUGAAAUUCGAUAUGAACUGGAUGGGGUUGAAAUAGAUCGUUGCAAAAAUCCGGGAGUAACGACUGCGUUAAAGAAUUAUGUAUCUCUGUCCAUUGAAAAAAGUAAAACGUUAGGUAAUGCUGGCUGUUACCAUAAGCAAAAUGCUGCAAUUGGAGAUUUUAAUUUUUGUGUGCCGCUUGGUAUGUUAUUCGGAUUCUGUGAAGAUUAUAAACGCAUCGUAACCAAUGCGCGCCAUGAAUUGAUUUUAAUUCGAUCGCGAAACGAUGAAAACGCCCUGAUUGGUCCUACCGUUUUGAAACCUGUACUCAAAUUGUUUAAAGUUCAAUGGCGGAUGCCUCACGUCAGUUUGGAUGAAUUGAACAAAUUGGCGCUCUUACCUAUUCUUGAAAGUGGUCGACUGAUUUCGAUGAGUUUCCGCUCCUGGGAUCUGUAUGAAUAUCCGUUAUUACAAACAACCACGAAGCAUACUUGGUCUGUGAAAACUGCAACACAAUUGGAGAAACCGCGAUAUGUGAUAUUCGCUAUGCAAACCGUUCGAAAGAACAAAUUGGACAAAACAUUUAAUCACUUUGACAAUUGUAAACUAUCAAACAUACGAUUACAUUUAAAUUCAAAAUCUUAUCCAUAUGACUUGAAUCUGGAUUUUGAUAAGAAUAAGUAUGCGACACUUUACGAUAUGUACGUAAACUUUCGAAAAUCAUAUUACGGACACGGUGAACCCCUGCUCGAUAUGUUAGUUUUUAUCAUAUGGUCCGUUUGCAGUCAUAGAUUGCUCGCGUCAGAACGAAUCUCUAAAGAGUGCCACGACUGAUGUUAAGAUAGAUUUCGAAUGCAAAGAUAACGUGUCGCUCAAUACAACUGCUUACUAC